CUCAUCAUUUAAUUUACCCAGUUUUCCAAGAUUUGAUUUUUACCCAUUGAUUUUAUCUCUCUAUUAAAGGCAAGUAAAAAAGAUUGAUCUUGUUUUAUCUUUUUGGAAUUUAAUUUGGUGAAAUUUUGAGGGUUGAAUAGUUCUUUUUAAUUCUGUCAGUAUUGUAAAGUUUUGCUUACGUGAAUCAUUGAUCACAGAGAAGGUUAAAUUUGGCGUGAUAAAUUUAGGGUUGGAUGGUAUGUUUGUUAAGUCAGUGAUUAGAGUUUCAGUUUAGCUCAACUUUUCCAUGAUCUUGGAGUUGAAAAUUCAUAUCUGUAUAAUCAAUACAGAUUUAUGCAAUCCAGAAUCUGAAGAUAUAACUUCACGGAAAAGUCUAUAUAACUGAAGAGAGAAGACCACCAGUUCAAUAAGCAUCGAUCUAUUUUUAGAUCUCUGACAAGGUGAAGGUUAUAUACUAUCCUUCAGGCAUAAAAUUAGGGGUAUAUGUGCUCCAGGGCGCAAUCUGAAAAAAAGAGCAUGAAGGAACAUCCUUCUAGACAGGCUCCAAAAGGUGAAAAUAACAUUGAGAGUUCAGGAAGCCCUCGUAGUCGGAAGGUGUCAGCAAGAUGGAAUCCUGGCGAAGCUUGUAGGCCCAUCUUACAGGAUGCUCCUGUGUACUAUCCAAAUGAUGAGGAGUUCAAAGAUCCACUUGGUUAUAUUGCAAGCAUUCGCCCCUACGCGCAGCCAUAUGGCAUAUGCAGGAUUGUACCACCUGCAUCUUGGAGUCCACCCUGCCCACUUAGAGAGAAGAAUGUGUGGGAAUUUGCUAAGUUCUCGACUCGAAUCCAGCAAGUUGAUUUACUUCAGAAUAGGGAGCCCAUGAAAAAGAAAAAACCGAGAAAGAGGAAAAGACGAUGGCACUCAAAGAUGGGAUCAACGAGGAGACAACCAAGAGCUCUAGGUUCUGAAUCAAAUACCCAAUCGGACAAUAGUGAUGAGAAGUUCGGGUUUCAGUCAGGGUCUGACUUCACAUUUGAGGAAUUUCAGAUAUUUGCCAAAGAGUUUAAAGAGUUCUAUUUUGGGAUGAUGGAUACUGAAGAUGGAGUCUGUGACAAAUUUAAACAGGACAAGGUAUGGCAACCGUCCAUUGAAGAAAUUGAAGGUGAGUAUUGGCGCAUCAUUGAGAAGCCAACAGAUGAAGUUGAGGUGUACUAUGGAGCUGAUCUGGAGACUGGAGUAUUCGGCAGUGGAUUCCCCCAAGAAUCUUUAUCUUCAAAUGCUAGUUCUUUAAAUCAGUAUGCGGCUUCUUGUUGGAACUUGAACAACUUACCGCGCCUGCCGUGUUCUGUAUUGUGCUUUGAGGAGUGCAAUAUCUCAGGAGUUCUGAUCCCGUGGCUGUAUAUUGGAAUGUGCUUCUCAUCAUUCUGUUGGCACGUUGAGGACCACCAUCUCUAUUCUCUAAAUUAUAUGCAUUGGGGUGAGCCAAAGAUUUGGUAUGGAGUGCCAGGAACUCAUGCUUCAGCCCUGGAGGAUGCAAUGAGAAAGCAUUUGCCAGAUCUGUUUGAAGAGCAACCUGAUUUGCUUCACGAACUUGUAACUCAGUUGUCUCCUUCAGUUUUGAAGUCAGAGGGUGUACCAGUGUACCGUGCUGUUCAGAACCCAGGGGAGUUUGUGCUCACAUUCCCGAGAGCCUAUCAUUCUGGAUUUAACUGUGGGUUCAACUGCGCGGAGGCCGUUAAUCUGGCCCCUGUUGAUUGGUUAGAGCAUGGACUAACCGCAGUGGAGCUCUACAGCAAGCAACGUCGUAAAACUUCACUUUCACAUGAUAAGUUGCUUAUAGGAGCAGCUAGUGAAGCUAUCGAGGCAUUGUGGGAGCUCUCUGUUCUUAAGAAUCUAAACAGUAGAAACUUGAGAUGGAAAAGUUUCUGUGGGAAGGAUGGGAUGCUGACUAAAGCUAUUAAGAGAAGAAUUGAGAUGGAGAAGGAAAGACUGGAGCGACUUGUACCUCAUGUCCGACUUCAAAAUAUGGAUAGAGAUUUUGGCUUGAAAGAUGAGCAGGAAUGCUUUUCUUGCUACUAUGACUUACACCUCUCUGCAGUUGGUUGCAAGUGUUCCCCGGAGCAGUUUUCAUGUCUUAAACAUGCAAAUCUUAUGUGUUCCUGUAAACCAGAGGACAAAAUUAUCCUUGUUCGUUAUAACAUGGAUGAAUUGAACACAUUGGUACAAGCAUUGGAGGGGAAAUUGGGUGCUAUUGAACUAUGGGCAUCCAAGGUUUCUGGUUUUCGUUCUUUAAAUAGGAGACAGCAUAAUUUUGUGAAGCUGGAUUCAGAGGGAGAUGGACUGGAAAUGGAUCCCUCGAUGAAAAAUGAUGACUUACCAGGUUCGUUGAGAGAGCAAAAACAUAAUGCGAAGAAGCAGUGCAGAUCGUUGCAUAGUGAGACACAUGCAUUCUGGUCAGAUCAGCAGAAGCAUCUUUUAUGUGCACCUGAAAACUUGUCAAAAGGUACCAAAGAAGAAGCUCCUGCCACUAAUGGUUAUCACUUUGAUCUAGAUUGCAAUAGCUUGUCCAAUGAGCGCGGAAAAAAAACAAAUAAGACCUCCACAUCCAUAGCUAUACAAGAGAUUAAUGGUGAUUUAAAAGAACCUACAGAAAGAGACAGAGUUAUUUUAGUCUGCGAUUCUGGAUCCUCAGUUUCUCUUGCUACGGAAAAAUAUCUCCAUUUAUUCUCUGAUGAUGCAACCAACUCUUAUGCUUCGAAUUACAGUAGUGGCAAGAAGUUAUUUGGUGUUGAUCUUUCCAUGUGCUCACUUCGUGUUCGUCAAAAUGGAAUACUUGACACUGAUAAAGAUUCCCCGAGCAGCAAAAUUUCUGAACAAAAGCUCACCUACCAUGUCGACCCGCUAAUUUUUGGGUCAAUUGUUUCGGGAAGGCUGUGGUGCAAUAAGUUGGCCAUAUUCCCUAAAGGAUUUAGAAGCCGUGUUAAGUUCUUUGAUGUGCUCAAUCCUGUGAUAAUUAGCUGCUAUAUAUGUGAGAUCCUGGAUGGUGGGCUCCUCGGACCCUUAUUCAAGGUUAGCUUAGAAGAGCAUCCAGAUGAGAGUUUUGUCGGCUCUUCAGCUCAAAAAUGCUGGGAAAUGGUUUUGCAGAGAGUCAAUAAAGAAAUCACAACAAAAAGAAAUCUAGGAAUGCAAGAUCUUCCACCAUUGCAACCUGAAGAAAGUAUCAACGGGCUCGAAAUGUUUGGGUUACUCUCCCCAGACAUAGUUCAGUCCAUUGAAGCUCUUGACGAAAACCAUCAAUGCCUCGAGUACUGGAACAAUAAGCUAAAACUCAAGGACGGGUGUGAAAAUGUCAAAGGGUCUUCAGGUUUAUGGAAGUCUAUUAACGUUCUAGAGCAGCCUCUCGUGUCAAGAUCUGCUGCAGUGGAAACAGGCCAGGGGUCGGGAGUCAAGUUGGCUGCGGAUGAGCAGCAGCAGGCUAAUUCAGUAGGAAGUAGCAGAAAUCAUUCAUCUGACAAUGAGUUACAGUUAGUACUAAGAAGACUUUUGAGUAAAGCAGAUCCCGAAGAACUGAAAAUAAUGCACAAGAUCUUGUGCAGCGGGUCAACAAGCCCCGAGUGGAGAGUAGCAUUUGCAACAUUGACUCAAGAGAUUCAAAGGAACAUGUAAAUCCCUACAAUUUUGGGAUCUCUCAUUCUUUUAGCUCAGUAGGGGUUAUCGCCAGCUUAAUUCUUUCGAAUAUUAGCAUAAGGAGGGGAGGAAUCUGAGGGUGAGUCGCGCAUGUUAGUUGAACUUGCUCAUGUUAUAGAAGUAAGUUUUUGCUUUUGAAUAGGCCUGCAAGGAACUGCAUUUAGCUUUCCUUUUAUAUAAAGAAAAAAAAGUUUAUAGUUGGAUUGCCCGAGUCAAAUCUUAAUUUCUUGAAAUAAGAUCUUAUGCUGUUA